AUGACUGGCUCGAUCGACCUCAUCAUCGGUGCUGGCCCAUCAGGGCUGGCGGUUGCCUACUGGAUGGCGCAGUAUGGCAUCAAUGCUCGCAUCAUCGACAAACGUGGCACCAAGCUGUUCCGAGGCCAUGCGGAUGGUCUGAGGAGUCGAACGCUCGAGCUGUUUGAUAGUAUGGGGUUUGCCCACCGCGUGAUGGAAGAGGGCUACCACGCGGCUGCAUUUAUGUUCUGGAGACCAGACGGCAAGGGGGGCCUGCAACGUACCGGGCAACAGCAGAGCAGCAUCCAUGCCUCGUCACCAUAUCGGAUGGCCUUAUUGACCCAGGGCCGCAUCGAACGAUUCUUGCUGGAUGCUAUCAGAGGCACCUCCAGCCUCGACGUUGAAAGGGGUGUCAUUGGAGAGUCAUUAAGCUAUGAUGAGAGCCUCGAGAAUGAUCCACAGGCGUAUCCCAUCACGGUCCAGUUGCGGACCCUAAGUGAGGCGGAAGCAACCCCAGCCCCCAUCCCGGGGACCUGUCCCUACCACCCAGCCCCGGAUGACCGUGACGACCUCAUUCAGAAACGCAAGCACGAGGUCGGCACAGUGGAGACAAUCCGGGCCAAGUACCUCAUCGGUUGUGAUGGGGCACAUAGCUGGACGAGAAAACAACUGAAUAUUCCCUUUGAGGGGUCGCACCUGGAUCAUAUCUGGGGUGUGAUGGAUGUGGUUCCAAUUACAGAUUUCCCGGACAUCCGUUGGCCGUCCUCGAUAGACGGCCCGCACGGCCAUCUGCUCAUGAUCACGAGGGAAGGCAAUAUCGUGCGCCUCUACGUCCCAUUGCAAGAGGACGACGAGGUGGUGGCGGAUUCGUUCGACCGGUCGACAGUAACCCUAGACAUGCUUCGCGAGAGGGUGAAGAAAAUCAUGGCCCCCUACGACUUUGACUUCAAAAUUUGUCACUGGUGGGCUGCAUAUCAGGUGGGUCGGAGACUCACCCCUACCGUUAACAAGGGACGGAUGUACUUGGUCGGAGAUGCUGUCCACACCCACAGCCCGAAGAUAGGAUUGGGCAUGAAUAUGAGUAUUCAGGACGGCUUGAACCUCGGCUGGAAGCUGGGGCUUGUCCUCAAAGGAAUGGCAUCUCCCUCCAUCCUCGACACAUACGCGUCGGAGCGUCAUCAACUCGCGCAGAAGGUCCUGGAUUUUGACCAAAGAUGGGGCUCUUUCUUUCUGAAGAAAGCGAAGCAGAAGCAACAGGGACUCGUGGUAUCCCAGAAGGAGCAAGACGAGAUGCAGGCGGCCAUGCAGGAAGCAUUUGUUGAAAACGAACUUUUCGCAGAGGGACACGUCGCGUUCUACAAGGCGAGCCCUCUAGUACACAAGGGCAGCACAGCAAUGGCCACGCACCUUGUGGCAGGAGAGAGAUUCCCUGCGGCACUCAUUCGCAACCAGGCCGAUGGCCAGCCGUGGUGGACUACGCGGCUCCUGAAGAGUGACGGUCGCUUUCGGAUCCUGCUUCUGGCCGGCGAUGUACGGCGGCAGGACCAGCAGAGUUGCCUGUCGGCGAUUAGUGACAGACUGACAGAGCUUCUGAAACGCUUCACACCCCCCGAGCAAAAGCUUGACUCCGUCAUCGAGGUCAAAGCCAUCCACAGUGCACCAGUGGAUGAAGUGGAGCUGAGUGAUUUCCCCCCAAUUGUGCGUCAGUUCGACGAGAACGAGGGCUGGGACUAUUCGAAGGUAUGGAGUGACAGCGAGUGCUUCUGGGACCAGCAGUGCAAAGGCAACGCUUAUGAGUUGUGGGGAGUGGACAGAUCGAAGGGCGCCAUGGUUGUUUUGCGGCCGGAUCAGCAUGUCGGAUGGAUGGGAGAGCUCGAGGAUGUGGCCGGAGUGACCGAAUACUUUGAGGGGAUCUUUCACGAGGUUAAACCGUGA